AUGCGGAGGAAAGCACGCAAGAUCCUGUUAUUCCUGGACAACGCUGCGUCCCACACCGCCGACAUGGACCUGAGCCACGUCCAGUUGAGCUUUCUUCCGGCCAACACUACGUCCCAGCUGCAGCCGCUGGACCAGGGAGUUAUUCGAGCGUUCAAGGCUGUCUACAGUAGGUUCAUGCUGCGAGCUCUGCUGGCCACAAUGGAGGAGACUGACGACUCUGCCAGUCUGCACGCAAUCAAAGCCUGCGGAUUCACAGCGGAGACCACGGUUACUAGCGACGACGAGUACCCCGACGACGACAUCCCUCUCGCGGACCACGUCCUGCUUUUCCGAUUCCAGUUGGAUGAGCUCACAUUACCUGACACAGACGUCGAGACUCAUGACUCCGAGUGGAAAGCAGACAUCGUUAACUGCUAUAGAGAGGACGCCGCCGACGCCGCCGACGAUGUGGACCAGACUCAAAGGGAAACGCCGGAAGUGCCUCCAGUGACUCUCAGAGAGAUCCGCGACUUUGCUCUCCGUCUGCAGCGGUAA